CGCGGCGUUGUAGUAAAACGGAGUCUAACCUUUCGGUUUUUCCCCGAGUAUCGUGUCUCUCGAGGAAUGGCGGAGGAGCUUCUUGAUUUCAAGUCCAGUCACAGAUCGCCUAAUGUGAGAAAAACGAAGAUUCAAGAACUCCGAACUCAUAUCUCUAAUAUCAUCUGCUAUAAUACCCAGAGAAAAUAUGCUGGUUCCCUUGCAAAUUUCUGUAAUGGCCCCGACCGCAUCAGAUUCUACUUCCACAUUCGACCAGGAUUGCUCUUUUAACCAGCCCAACGCUUCACGUAUGCUCAAUAAUUCAGCUUCCAACGGAGUAAAAUUCCCAACAUAGGGGAUAGCGCCAGCAGCAACAAAAUCCCCUUGAUCAUUUCUCAGGACCCAACCACUUGCACUUUUAUCCUUCCUUAAAGCAGCAUCUACAUUUAAUUUAACAAAACCCAAGUCUGGCUUCUUCCACGUGGCUUUUCUUUCUGGAUUAAACACCACCCUCCCACACUGAGCCUUCAGCCAUCCGUCAACAAAGCUCUUCGUCUGAGCAGCAAGCUGAGCGGGCUGCAAGCUCAAACCUUGCCAAAUCCUCCUAUUUCUUUCACUCCAUAAGCCCCAGCAGCCCCACACCACCCUCGGCAGGUCUGGUUUCUUCUCCAUCUGAAAAACGCGCUGAAGCCACUCGAGAAAAGAUCCAGCCGACCCACCCACCUGCUCAAAAUUGCUCCAGCCCAUGGCACGCCAACUCACAGUAGCCACCGGAUAGCGCACAAAUAAAUGGAGCAACGUUUCCUCCCCAGCUCCACACAGUCCGCACCUAACUUGGCAGUUCACUCUUCGACUCACCAGGUUAACAGUAGUUGGGAGGCAAUCUACACAUGCUUGCCAAAAGAACGAUUUAAUCUUUGGGAGGAAGUCUCCAAUUCCACAUCGAUGUCCAUUCUGACCAAGAAUCCGCUUGAAAUUCACCCACCAAUUUCCGAUAGCAGCUGCGCACUGAAAAUCUUCCCCCAGCCUCCCAUCUCCAAAUCAGCUUAUCAGUUGUGCAGGGACGGAAGAUGGAGGUUUGGUCUCAGGCGGCCAAAGGUCAUGGACGAAGCGUGGGGCUAGAGGCUGCAACAGAUCUGAAUUCGAGGUCAUCUGUGUUAGGUGGCGACAGAGGAAGCUCGAUAGAGAACGUGAUGAAUAAGAGGCAAGAUGAGGAAGAAGCUACACUACUGCUGGGUCGUCCCCUCUUGACCCGCCGCCAUGGAGCGCAGGAGAGUCUAGAGUUUGGAAGCGUCUUUUUGAUUUUACUGUUUGCUUGCGAUUUAUUUUUCAUGAUCAGACUGUAUAUUUUUUGUUGGUUAUUUUUAUUAUUGUAAGAGUCUUGCAAUAGGAUUGAGUGAUAGGAGGUCUGUUUUAACCGUCUUUGGCUCAUGUAAGCCCAUUAUCGCGAGUUAUAUUGCUUCUCUGAAAGUGGUUGAUUUGAGGACUGACAGUUGCCUG